CAAAGAAAAUAUGUUUCGAAUAAAAUAUUGUCAUAGAUUUGUCCGGUUUUGCCAUAGAGCACCACGAAUUUAUAUUUUAGCGAGUGCGUUGGUGAUUGUUUUAUUCGCUUUAUAUCAGAUGUGCGGAUUUCAAAUUUGCAAUGCCAAAUAUCAGUUAGGAAAAAGAUCUCUAGCUGUUUCUCAGCAUCAAUUUCAAAAUGUAAAGAAUUUCAAUUCAGCUUGCAGUCAUACUGCUGAUAUGAGAGGCCCUCAUCAAAAAAUCAUUGCAUAUUCCAUUUAUGGAGACUUCUCGCGAAAGGACAUUGUUCAUAAAUAUUUGAAGCCCUUCAGAGAGACUCUCAGUAAGAUUCCCUACAUCUACCCCGGUUGGACUGUAAGGAUUUAUCACAACUUGACAACCAACGACGACGAGUCUUGGGAAAUCCUGAAGAACACCUUGGACUUGGGCGGAAGCCACGUCGAUUUGUGCAAUGCGACAGAAAUUAUCAAGCAGCGAAAUUUGGCCGAUAUAUUUGCCAUGACCUGGCGCUGGUUACCUUUGCUGGAUGACAUGGUGGACACGCUAAUGUCGAGGGACUCGGACAGUCAAAUAAUACCUCGUGAACAGGAUGCCGUUAAUGAAUGGCUAGCCAGCGACAGAAUUUUCCAUAUAAUGAGAGACCAUCAUUGGCACUGCCGAUUUAUUGUUGGGUGUUGUUGGGGAGUCAAAGUCAGCCAGGAUCGUUCCACAAUUGUUGGCGCCGCAAGGAAAAUGUUUACCGAAAAUCAUUUGCACGAAUACGACUACGACCAGAAACUGUUAGAUAGGCUCAUUUGGCCGGUAGCUACUACUAAUAUGAUGGCUCACGAUAGCUAUUGCUGUAAAGUUAUCCCAGAGCCGAGUCAACCGUACCCGACGAGGAGAAAAAAUGGGCUAUUCAUCGGAUAUAGGGCAGUACCUGAAGAAGAGCUCCAAUAUCCAUGCCCGAAAGAAUGUCGUCCAACAACUGAUGGUUUUUCAGAAUGGAAUUUUUGCUAAACUUGGCUUGUUACAAAUCUGAAUUGACGCUGGUUGGAGCAGAUAUUUCUGUUUGAUUAGCCGAAUGACAAGCGAUGGUCC